ACACGUGGUCUCGGAGGAGGCCCUGGGCGCCCUUGGAAGUCCUGGUCCUUGCGGGUCAUGGCCGGUCCAGUUCAGGGUGGUGGGGCCAGGUCCUUAGAUCUGCUCCGCGCCUUGCCGCGUGUGUGCUUGGCCAACUUGAAGCCCAAUCCGGGGUCCAGGAAGCCGGAGAGACGUCCAAGAGGUCGGAGAAGAGGUAGGAAAUGUGGCAGAGGUCACAAAGGAGAAAGACAGAGAGGAACCCGACCUCGCCUGGGCUUUGAGGGAGGCCAGACUCCAUUUUACAUCCGAAUCCCAAAAUAUGGAUUUAAUGAAGGACAUAGUUUCAGGCGCCAGUAUCAGCCUUUGAGUCUCAAGCGACUGCAGUAUCUUAUUGAUUUGGGUCGAAUCGAUCCAACUCAACCCAUUGACCUGACCCAACUUGUCAAUGGGAGAGGUGUAACCAUCCAGCCACUUAAAAGGGAUUAUGGGGUCCAGCUGGUUGAGGAGGGUGCUGACAGCUUUCAGGCAAAAAUUAAUAUUGAGGUACAGUUGGCUUCAGAACUAGCUAUUGCUGCAAUUGAAAAAAAUGGUGGUGUGGUUACUACAGCCUUCUACGAUCCGAGGAGUCUAGAAAUUCUGUGCAAGCCUGUUCCAUUCUUUCUGCGUGGACAACCCAUUCCAAAGCGAAUGCUCCCACCUGAAGCACUGGUACCCUAUUACACUGAUGCAAAGAACCGUGGUUACCUGGCAGAUCCUGCCAAAUUUCCUGAAGCAAGACUUGAACUUGCCAAGAAGUAUGGCUACAUUCUCCCUGAUAUCACUAAAGAUGAACUCUUCAAAAUGCUCAGUACUCAGAAGGAUCCCAGGCAGAUUUUUUUUGGUCUUGCUCCAGGAUGGGUGGUGAAUAUGGUAGAUAAGAAAAUUCUAAAACCUACAGAUGAGGAUCUCCUCAAGUAUUAUAGCUCUUGAAUUCCUUUCCAGGACGGCAGAGUUGUUGAAGAGUACCAGAAUAGGGACUCUCAUUGAAUUCUUCAAAUGUUUAAUCUUCCAGAUACUGAUGUUAGUUGUUGCUGUAAUCAUAUCUCUUUUUCCUUAAAAUAAAACUGUAGGAAGCAAGGAUGCAAAGAG